AUGAAGAAACACUCCGACGGAGAAGUGAAGAAAAGUAAAUCGGUGGUACUUCUGCCACAGGACGUGAUCAUGGAGAUCUUGUUGAAGUUGAAUGUGAAGUCUGUUGUUCGAUUCAAAAGCUUGAGUAAGUCGUGGCUAUCUUUGAUCUCUGAUUCUCGCUUUAGAAAUUUGUAUUUUGAUCGAUCUUCUCCAACAGAGAAACUUUUGAUCAUUUCAAUUAGGGUUUUGGAUCUUACAGUCCCAUCCAUAGACUUCAAUGCGCCCCUAAACCGUGAUUCUUAUAGUUACUUUGAAUUCGAAGUACCAGGUGAAGUUUUUCAGCCUGGAAUUUUUAAAUUUGGAGGUUGUUGUCGAGGAUUUGUACUUUUGGAUUGUUUGGAGCAUCUGUGCCUGUGGAAUCCACGCACAGGUUUCCACAAAAAAGUUUGUCGGCCACCCAUUGAUUCCAACAAAGAGCUCUCUCGUAAUCUGUUGUUUCAAGGUUUGGGGUAUGAUCCAUUAACCGAUGACUACUUGGUGAUUCAACUUUUCGCAAGCAUUACUAUUUACCUUCAAACACAUGCGAAGGUUUUCUCGAUCAGAGCUAACAAGUGGAUGGAAAAUGAAUCUACCGAUUUGUUUUUCACAUACUCUCAGGAUUAUGAUACGCCAUGCAGAGUUGUGAACCAUGUUAUUCAUUGGUUGAGUAGUUGUUUGAAGGAAGAGAUAAUUGUUGGGUUUAUCCUUGCGUUUGAUGUGGCAAAGAGGAAGUUUUUUGAGAUAGCUUCGCCAAUUGUUUUUGGGGAUGGCAUGGAUGAAAUGAGAGUUUUGAGUGAAAUUGAAGGAUUGCUGAGUCUGAAUGUUUAUACAAACAGCAAGCUUUCAAUAGACAUAUGGGUGAUGAAAGAAUACAGAGUAGAAUGUUCUUGGAGCAAGAGCAUUGCCGUGUCUCUUGUUGAUCAUGUUCCACAGAAAUUCUUCUUCCCAGUUUGCGUAACAAAAGAUGGUGAUAUUGUUGGAAACGAUUUGUGUGGAUUGUUCAAAUUUAAUAACAAGGGUCAGCUGAAGGAGAUGCUAUCUUAUCAAGAUGUUUCAGCGCAUCUUCAUGUGGAGAUGUAUCAAGAAUCUUUUCUCUCACUUCCAUGUCCCAAUGACUAG